AUGGCAUUGGUCACGGCUGAAGAAAUUGUCUGCGAGGUCAUGCACCACGGACGCUACCAGCGUCGUAUCCUCCAGUGCGCUGUUCUGGGCAUGACCGCGAUGCUGAUGGAAGUUCUCGCGAUGCGGGUCAUCGCCCGGCGCGUGGACCACUGGUGCCGGCCUCCCGUCGAAUUGGCUUAUCUCUCCGCCGACAUCUGGAAGAACACGUCGAUCCCUGUUCAGGCCGACGGCAACUACAGCCGGUGCACCGUUUACGUCACGUCGACGCCAGAAACUACUCCCGAAAACAGAACUGUACAGACGUGUCGCCGUUGGAAUUACGACAUCAAGGACUGGAGAGACAGCAUUGUGAGCCGAUUCGACCUCGUGUGCGACCGCAGUUCUCUCUACACCAUCGCGGCACUCCUGCCAUCCUUGGCGUACGCAUUGCUAUCCCCCAUAGCAGGUUUCUUGGCCGACAGCGUAGGCCGUAGGCUCGUGACUCGUGCCUGCGCCGUCAUGGUGCUCAUCUCGGGCGUCGGCAGCAGUGUCGCCGGCAAUUACGCCUUCUUUCUGAUCAGCCGGCUUCUCAUGCUCACGGCGUGCAGCGCCACCUACCUGGUCACUUUCGUCCUCGUGUACGAGGUGACCGGCAAGGCAAAGCGCUGGCUCUACACGCUGCUCCACAUGGCCGUGGUCGCCACGCUGGUGCCGCCAUUCGUGGACCUCCUAUCUCGCCUCGAAGCCAGCUGGGCGCUCACGCACGCCAUCUUCAUCGCACCCGUGGCCGUCUACACGGUGUGGUGCUUUGCGCUGGAUGAGUCACCCGCCUGGCUGCUCACCACGGGGAGGGUGCAUGACGCCGAGGUAAUUGCACUGGCCGCCGCCAAGCUGAACGGCGUGAACGAGGAGAAAGCCAGAGCGAGCUGUCAUGAACUGCGUGCCCAGGCGAGGAAGCUGCUACGGGGUCACGGCGCUUUCACGCCGGUUUCUCCGACGGGAGGCAUCGUCGAGGACCAUAAAAAUGCGUCGCCGCGCCGUGGCUACCUUCUUUUCGAGGUUCACCUUAACCGUGCCAGCAUCGUCGCGAAGGCAACUGUCGUGUAUGGCGGCUAUGACACCAUGGCUGCCUACGUGCAAGUGACGAUGAAGGUUGUAGCAUCUGCGUCAAUGAGUGUGGUCAUGUGCUACGUGGGAGACAUUUUUCCGACGAAAAUCAGGGCCACCGGUGUUAGCCUGUCAAUUGUCCUCGAUGGCUUUGGGUCGCUUUUAGGAGUCUUUAUAACCAAUGUUCGCGCUGUUCAGCCGGGUCUUGUAUUCGACGUCUUCUAUGCUGUCAUGAGCCUGCUUAGCAUCUUAGCUGUUCAGUGGCUUCCAGAAGUGUUCAUUGAGAAGCAGGCCAUUUCUUCGGGAGUCAUGAGCCCAGAGGAGCGCAAACAGGCCCUGCAGGCCUCGCUUUCACCCAAGGAAAUAAGGAAAUCGCCCAAGGGUCACCUCGACAAAAGCGCCAGUGCAGCAGAGAAGCUGCCAUCUUGA